CGCCAUCGACGGGCACCUGACCCGCCGGCGAGGUUGCCGCAGCCUUCACAUGCUCAGAACCGCGUGAAGUCGUACAAACUCUCGGCCUCUCAUUCGCGGGAUCCACCAGAAGGCCACUCCGCAAGGGGUUUAGCGUCAUCCUCAACGCCGAGGCAAUUGCUCCAUCACCACUCCGUCCUACUUAACACUGCCCGCCAGCCGUUACUCCUCCAUCCGCAGUCAACCACUUCUCCUCCCAUUAUACCCUCGUGCGAGCCUCUGUCAUUUUCUCUCUUUCUCCUUUCCAUUACAGAUAUUCACUGCAGCCAUGGUCCAGAGGGUCAUUGUCGUCGGCGCCGGCUUGUCCGGUUUGAGCGCCGCCCACACCAUCUACCUGUCCGGCGGCAAUGUGUUGCUGCUCGACAAGAACAACUUCAUGGGAGGCAACUCCACCAAGGCGACCUCCGGUAUCAACGGCGCCCUUACCCGCACACAAGUAGACCACAACAUCCGCGACAGCGUCAAGCAGUUCUACGAUGAUACCCUCAAGUCGGCCCGUGACAAGGCUCGCCCGGACCUCAUCAAGGUCCUGACCUACAAGUCUGCCGCUGCCGUCGAAUGGCUGCAGGAUGUCUUCAACCUGGAUCUGACCCUCGUCUCACGGUUGGGUGGCCACUCCCAGCCCCGUACCCACCGUGGCCACGAUGCCAAGUUCCCGGGUAUGGCCAUCACCUACGCCCUCAUGCAACGGUUCGAGGAGCUCGCUGAGCAAGAGCCCGAGCGCGUUCAGCUCAUCAAGAAGGCCAAGGUCACCAAGGUCAACAAGGAGGGCAACCGCGCCAUAGGAGUCACAUACGAGCUGAAUGGCGAGGAGUUCACAGUCGAGGGCCCCGUUGUGCUGGCUACCGGUGGCUACGCUGCCGACUUCACAGAGACCUCUUUGUUGAAGAAGCACAGGCCAGACACCUUCGGUCUCUCCACGACCAACGGCGCCCAUGCCACUGGUGACGGCCACAAGAUGCUCAUGGCCAUUGGUGCCAACGGCAUCGACAUGGACAAGGUCCAAGUCCACCCUACCGGUCUGGUUGACCCCAAGGAUCCCACUGCUAAGACCAAGUUCUUGGCCGCUGAGGCUCUCCGUGGUGAGGGUGGUAUCCUCCUCAACUCCAAGGGCAAGCGCUUCUGCGAUGACCUGGGCCACCGUGACUACGUUUCCGGUAAAAUGUGGGAGGAGCGCGACAAGGGUCUCUGGCCUAUCCGUCUCGUCCUCAACUCCAAGGCCUCCAACGUUCUUGACUUCCACACCCGCCACUACUCUGGCCGCGGUCUCAUGAAGAAGAUGACCGGCAAGGAGCUCGCCAAGGAGAUUGGCGUUAGCGAGAAAGAGCUCCAAGAGGAGUUCCAGAGCUACAACGCCAUCGCCCGCGGUGACAAGAAGGACAUCUGGGGCAAGAAGUACUUCCACAACAUGCCCUUCGACAUCAGCGACACCUUCCACGUCGCCGUCAUGGAGCCCGUCCUCCACUUCACCAUGGGCGGUAUCGAGAUCAACGACCAGGCUCAGGUGCUCAAUUCCGAGGGCAAGCCUUUUGACGGCCUCUAUGUCUGCGGUGAGCUCGCUGGCGGUGUCCACGGUGCCAACCGUCUCGGUGGCUCCUCGUUGCUCGGCUGUGUCGUCUACGGCCGUGUCGCCGGCGAAUCCGCUUCCCGCUAUCUCUUCCAGCAGGCGCUCAACAGCGCCGGCGGCUCCGCUGUCAACCGUCUCGCUCAGAUUUCGCUGCACAUCGACCCCUCGCAGCCCGGGAAAGUGUCCGUUGAGUGGAACGCCGCGUCCGCCUCCACGGGUCAGCAAAGUCAAACCGCACAGCAGUCUCAACAGUCUGCCGCGCCCGUGCUCAAGGGUGAGAAAGCUGACUCCGCUGAUCCUGGAAAAGUGUCGAAACCUAACACCGUCAAGGACUUUAAGGUUCCCGACAAGGAGUUCUCGAUUGAAGAGGUGGCCAAGCACAACAAGAAGGACGAUCUGUGGAUCGCUGUCAAGGGAGUCGUCCUGGAUCUGACGAACUGGGUCAAUGAGCACCCCGGUGGUCCUCAGGCCCUGUACUCGCACAUGGGCAAGGAUGCCAGCGAGGAGUUUGAGAUGCUACAUGAUGAUGAGGUGAUUCCCAAGUAUGCGCCGGAGGUGGUCAUUGGAAGGCUCAAGGGCCAGAAGAUUACGCUGGAGUACUAGACGUGGAAAAUUAGGUAUGGGUGUGUCCUCUUUAUGCUUGUAUUUGUAUCUAGCCCUCUUGCGUAGCUUGGUUCUUUUCCUUACUCAGAUCAUGAUGGUGGUGUUUGGGAGGCAUGGUUUUGGCAUGCAUGUGUCAUUAUGAAUGAAAGUUUGCUCGCUUGGCAUGAGUGUUUUGUUCGUCUGAAGUGGAAUGAUGGUCGAGGAGCAAAUUCACAAGACGAAGUCGGCUGUCUUUGGUACCGGGACCACUUUGCUGGGUUUCUCUAUAUGCUCUAAGUCACGCAUGCAAACGAGCUCAAGGAAAUUCAAACAAGA